CCCACGGGUGCGAACCAAGUAAAGUUGGCAGAUUGAGAAUUCUCUCCCAUCACCCACACUGUAACGCAAGCAAGUACAGGUAUACUUGGAGUCGGGCCCGACUAAACUUUGAAGCAUGUUUGCUAACUCGGGUUGCCGUAUGGGAGAAAAUUAUGUCACAGUGCAUUGUGGGGUCACUCGGUGUCUUCAUGUGCAGCCGAACUAAUCUGGCAUGGCAUCAUGGAUGAUGAUCGGUUUUAUACAGUGCACGCUAAAGAUAUCUUGCUAAGUUGUCCAUUUCCCUCAAGUGUCAUAUCAAAGAGGCGCUGUCAUGGACUACAAAGGCAGGUCGAUCCAGACCAACGAUGACAUUUCUUCAGGCUUGUCUUCCUAUUAUAACUAUCCUCAACAAUGCUGCGCUGGCAAUCCCUUGCGCUUCAAGUUACCUUGGCAGCUUGCGUUCUUGCAUCCGCUGACCCCUCUCUAGAAUCUAAAGAGCCAAGUGAUGCACUACCUCAGUGCCAGGCACGUGCCUGGGUGAGAGCGCCUGACAUGGGUCCCGGCGAUAUUAUCGCAGGCGACGUCAGGAUUAGACUCAGUGGACCAUGCGCUGAUGUCGAGAGCUAUGCGCUAGGCUUGCGCUACAAAGAAAACAUCUUCUGGAAGUUAAGGUCAAUUGGUUUUACUCAUAUCAUACGUGACACGUGUUCACUGAAUCUCUCUCGCAGACGACAAGAUGCGCCAAUUCCAAAACAACCAGAAUUCAAGUACAACCAUACGGACUCGAACUAUGAUCUGUUUCAAGUCCGGAUGCCUUUCUAUAUGACUGCGGACUACAACGAAACGGAAUGGGCGACUUACCAGAACUCUGUCCAGAACAAGGAGUUGUGGUCUUUGUACGAGGAAGAACGGAUUGCCUUUGAGAUUAAGACCCCAUUGGUCGGUGAAAAAGGGACAGAUCCAUUGUUAAAAAUCUUCGCGAGUCGAUUCGGAAUUCUGGUGCCAAACACAAACUACCCUCCAGGAUUAGACUACCGUUCGAAUGCAUGGUCAAUACCUUCUGCGGGAGCUACUGAUACGGUAUCCACUGAAUCAAUUUAUGAGUAUUUUGUCGAGAUCAGGUUUGGCAACGGUACUAUUUCAGAGAUACCGGCAGGAAUAACAUCCUUCACACCUCUCUACCUCUCGACCAAAGAUGAUACGCUCAGGAGAAACAUAUCUCUGGUACCCCAAAGCCCUGGGCGUAACUCAGAGCCGGUGGUAGACGUGCUGCGCAGCAACUACACGAUUGAAUUGUCUUUCCCUGGCAGAGUGUACCAAAACUCUUCUGUAAACAUCACGGCCACUGUUCAUCGGAUGGGGUAUACCAAUCGCACAGAUGCUCCUAUGCAGCUGUGUGCAUCUUUGAAUGGCCCAGAUGUCAUCGAAUGGCAUCAUCAGGAGCUCAAGAAUCGAUCGCGCCUCUUCGGGCGCAUGAUCAAUGCAUUGGUCCCGUUUGUGGAACCGUCACGGUCCCCUCCGUUCUUCCCUCAUCCUUGCAGAGAGAUCAGUUUUGAAGCAGCUCCUAUAGACUUGACUUGUGAAGGCCGCAUCUCUUCCUCGUUCUCCAAGCCUUUUUCCUUGUCCGUUCACAUCAGCCAUAAUUCUGCCCCUGACUUCUUGGCAUACUAUUGUCAGAAGCUGGGAUACAAUCUUGAUCUGAGUCUUCAAGUCAAACCCGAUACAUCAGAGCCAUGGGAGCAGAAGUCUGAGAAGGCACAAUGGGAGAAGCAGGCUGCAGCGAUGGACGAAAGUGAUUUUGACUGGGUGCCCUGGUUACCUGCGAUACAGACUCGUCGCCGGUUCCUUACUGGCAGCAUCGGUCUCUCGGUCAUUUCAAUGCAGAAGCGGUGUCCUGUGCGAUCAACGCCAGUUCACUACUUGUCAGACGAAGCUCGCCAACCAGCAUUUGUCGACGUGUCAGACAUCGUUGACCUUCGUUCAAUGUCGCUGGAGGAACGCGAUCUCCUCGCCCCAUUCGCACAGCCUUCUAUCAAGGUGUUUGCCAAGGGAGAAGAACUUAAUGGCCGAUACUUCUCUGCUUUUGGUAUGGAGGAGCGCAUAUAUGUUGGGGAAACCUGGGCCAACAAAGUAUUGCCGUUGACUGCUGAAGGCCCGCGAAAAGAGGGUACUGUGGAUCACUCAGUGUUUGUGCACUGUUGAAGACCGGUGUCUCCAUAUUCUCAGAGCCUCGGUCAAUACUGUACUAGUGAUAGUUGCUUGCCUAACUUUUCGUAGUCAGUGUAUGCCAAACAGUGUGUGCGCACUUGGGUGAAGUGACGAGUGAACAAAUCUCACAGUAACCAGUGCUAGUCACUGAGCGAGAACGCAACCGCAAGAUUCCUCGUCGACGUCGCUUGAAGGCUUACUAAGUGUCGUUAGUGUAACUAACUAAGGUUCUGCAAAAUAGACUUGUGUCGUUGUGCGACAGGCGAGUGAAUAGUCUAUUUUGCACACUGAUCUGAGUCAGACGAGACUGAGUAUCUGACUUAGAUAGUUGGAGACUA